GAGGACUGGAUGAAUGACCAGAUCACGAAGGUUAAUCCUUAACGAAGUUCAAUCAUGUUUUGAGGUUUGUCAUGAUCCAGAUUGAGAACCAAGAAACAUCAUGAUGAGGGGAAGCCAAAGUUUGUGGCUGUUGUUGAUCUCAGGAUUUUCUUUCUUCACAUUCGUCUCCUCAGAGUUUCACUUUGUUGACAUGUUUAAGAGCUACGCAGAAGCAAAGAGGUUUUGCAGAGAAACGUACACAGAUUUGGCAACAGUUGGCAACUCCACAGAAAUGGAUAGUUUGGUAUCUUUGGUUCCAAGUGACCAAGCCAGUGCCUGGAUAGGACUGGAGGCUGGAGAUGUUCCAAAGUGGCAUUGGUCUUUGCCCAACCAGAGGCUUGAUUUUUUAAACUGGAAGGCAGGAGAGCCACGAGGACACCAACAAGACGCAUGUGCAGCAAUGAACCCAGCUGGGGAAUGGUUUGAAAGUGACUGUAAUACCAAAAGAAGGUUCAUCUGCGAUGGUUUAGGUGGUACCACAGUUCAUUCAUUUAUUGAUGGCACCAAAUCAUGGAGGGAUGCUCAAAAUCAUUGCAGGGAUUUAUCCACUGAGCUUGUCAGCAUCCAGUCAAGACAGAAGAAUCGGGCGGUGCAGAAUGUGUCCUUGUCACAGACUGUGUGGAUCGGCCUGUUCAAAGAUCCCUGGAGAUGGUCGGAUGGAAGUAAUACGACGUUCCGUUUCUGGAGACCCAGACAACCCAACUAUCUUACCAACCAGCGAUGCGCUGCCGCUAUAUUCAAACACAAAGGGGAGUGGAAUGACGUGAAAUGCAAUAGCAGUCGCAAAUUUAUUUGCCAAGGUGCAAAGAAACCUCCAAUACCAGCAACCACCAAACAGACGAGUACAUCUACCCAACAAGCAGUUACAACUACAAAAUUGCUCUCUAGUCAGACUCUUCUCCCCGUCAGUUCAUCGCAGAACACCAAAACGACACUCAGUACUACAACCUCUGUGCCUCCUUCUACCGAAUUUACAGUUAGCAUAACCACUGUACAAGCAACAACCCCAUUUCAAAAUAAAACCUCAAUUUUUGAACCCACCACAUUGCAUAUCACAGAACCAGCGUCAAUUAAUAACUCACUGCAUAGCACAACUACACAAAACACUACCGUGGCAGAAACACAGUAUUCACUCCCUACGAGCACUAUGCAAAUUACUACAGAGAGUGGUACAGAGAGUACUGCAUUAUCAACAUUAGACAGGACCACAACCUAUAGCACUGCAGAGGCCUCCACAGUGAUGCCCACAGAAUAUACUCAAGGCUGGACUACAGAUAAAUUCAUACUAAUCCAGGAGAACAUGACAUGGAAUGAAGCCAUGAGUUACUGCAGGGAGCACCAUGUCGACCUUGUCUCUGUCACUACUGAAGAGAUGCAGGCAUGGGUGUCCAGUCAUGCCAGGAACGCCACAUCAUCCCAUGUCUGGCUGGGCCUUCGCUACUCAUGUAGCUUCAAUUUUUGGUUUUGGAUCAGUUCACAUACUGGCUGCUACCAGAACUGGGCCCCGGGACACGGAGCGGAGAGACAAUAUGGAUGUGGAGUUGCGGGUGCAAUGAAAGCCACUAGGGGGCAACAGUGGGUGGGCUUGCCCGAGACAGACGAGCUCAAUUUCAUCUGCUAUGCAUGCGGUUAGGCCGGAGAGGAGGCCCUGUAAAUCUCAGCUUCUGAAGAUGUUGACAGAGUUUUAAUUAUAUUCUAAAGAAAAAGAUUCUGUUAAUGCUUUUUUGAUGACGGUCAUGCUUGUUUGAUCAAGCAUCCAUGAUGUUUAUGUGGUCACCGAACACAUUCUGUGAAAUGUUUCCACUGUUCCACCAUUUUAGUUUAUUUCGACUGACUCGCAAAGAGAUGUAAAUGUUUAUUUGAACGCAUUUAUGCAUUCAUGUUACCCCCUCCGCAUCUACUAUCGCAGAGGGUCUACAUUUGUUCCUAUAUCACUUAUUCCAUCAUGGUGUUAUAUUUGUCAAACUACGUCCGUUUUAUUCUUGUAAGUGACUUUCAAUGAAUAUUAAAAUAAGAAAAAAGAAAACCCCCGUGGAGAGUGUAGGCGUGCACAUUCACAGCCAUGGGCAGCAAAAGAGUGAUGUGAGAACAUUGAUCUGCUGUUUGCCUUUCACUUGGGGUGACUAUUUGCAUGUUGACCCCGGCUGGGGUAAAGCCCCUAGAUUGUAUUCUUUGGACCACCGGGGUACCCCCCCACCCCCACCCCAUCCAGACUGCCUGCUGUCCUGACUGACCUGACCUUCACUAGCGGCUAAAUGCAAGACGGAACAUAUGGACCUUCACCUGUCGAAACCCUGAGAUCUGUGGACCACAUCCACCCACAGGAAGUGGCUCCAACCAACGAGUAAUGAAAAUCAACAACCUGUAUGGAAAACUGUACGAUAUUAACAAUAGCUACUUUUGUAAAAAGAUCCCUAAAUAUCAAUGAGAAUUCAUUUUUCCAUAUAU